AUGGCAGGCUUUCUGCCCACUGGUCUCAGUGUCUCGGCACCCUCCGAGACCUAUACCCUGCCCAUCGCCGGCACCAGCUGGGAGUUCCCAUCAGGCCCUUGUAACAGCUCCCCUGGGGCCCAAGCUGCGACUGAGCCGGGGGAGCAGGGACCCAAGAACCCGCGGGUGGCUGGCGUGACGGUCCAGCUGGAGAUGAAGCCACUGUGGGAAGAGUUCCACCAGCUGGGCACAGAGAUGAUCGUCACCAAAGCGGGCAGGAGGAUGUUCCCCACCUUCCAGGUGAAGAUCUUGGGCAUGGACGCACUGGCCGACUACGCCCUGCUUAUGGACUUCCUCCCAGUGGACGACAAGAGAUACAGGUAUGCCUUCCACAGCUCAGCGUGGCUGGUGGCAGGCAAGGCCGACCCCGCCAUGCCGGGCCGCGUGCACUUCCACCCGGACUCACCGGCCAAGGGUGCCCAGUGGAUGCGUCAGAUCGUGUCCUUUGACAAGCUCAAGUUCACCAACAACCUGCUGGAUGACAAUGGCCAUAUCAUUCUUCACUCCAUGCACCGCUACCAGCCGCGCCUACACGUGGUCUUCGUGGACCCGCGCAAGGACAGCGAGCGCUACGCCCAGGAGAACUUCAAGUCCUUCGUCUUCACCGAGACGCAGUUCACAGCAGUGACGGCGUACCAGAACCACCGGAUCACACGGCUGAAAAUCGCCAGCAACCCGUUCGCCAAGGGCUUCAGAGACACGGACCCUGACUCCUGGCCGGUGGCCCCUCGGCCCCUGUUAAGCGUUCCAGCCUCAUGUCAUGGCAGCCUGGGACCCUGCUUGGUGAAGGGCUCUGCCCAGCAGGAGAAAGACCCUCAGAGAGAGUCAACCUCCACCACCAGGACCCCUGGCUGGCUCCCCCAGACCCUGCCAGCUGCGGCCAUCUGCCAGCCUCUCGCCUACCGGGAACCUUGCCCUGCAGCCCCAGGCCACCUUGGGAUUCCAAGGACACGCCCAGCCCCAUACUCCGUCCCUGGUCCUCGGGGAGCCCUGACCCUCCUGUCCUCGGCCACCCUGCACCUGCCACUUGGCCAAGGCGCCCAGUGA